AUGCGUCAUCUGCAAGUUACUGGUUCUGAUCUACUAGUAAAUCAAAAUAAGACUGCUCAUAAUGCCAGCUCCUUUAUUGGCAACCAAAUGAUAGUGCGGAGGGGUCAGGAAGUACAUUUUAAACUAAAGUUCAACCGAUCUGUUAAGGCACAAGACACGUUGCAGUUCACUUCUAGUCUUGUAACUAAUGCAGGUUCUUCUCUUCUACAGUAUAAUUUCUCUGAUUCUGGUUCACUAUCAAGUGGCUGGGGAGCUAAGAGACAGUCAAGUGACUCUAAUUCCACAACUAUUGCACUAUUCACCCCAGUCAAUGCAGUGAUUGGACGCUAUUCACUUAGUGUGCAGACGAGUGGAGGAAAUACACCUGUUGGCAACUUUGUGCUGCUCUUUAACCCUUGGGCCAAAGAUGAUGCUGUUUUUAUGGCAAAUCAAGCAGAGAGAGAGGAGUAUGUUCUUUCAGAAUUUGGGCUCAUCUACAUGGGUGAACCAAAUAAUCCUAAUGGUUCACCAUGGGACUAUGGGCAGUUUCAGGACAAUAUUCUGAAUAUCUGCCUUAAUUUAUUGGAUUCAACCUUGAGUUUCAGAAGCAAUGCCUUAGCAGAUGUCCAGAAACGUAACGAUCCUGGUCAUGUGUGCAGAGUACUGAGUUCCAUAAUUAACAGUAAUGAUGACAACGGUGUGGUGAUAGGAGACUGGAGUGGAGACUAUUCUGAAGGCACAGACCCAAACACUUGGACUGGUAGUGGUAAAAUCCUAAGGAGUUGGUUUGAACAGAAACAGUCGGUUAAGUUUGGACAGUGUUGGGUCUUCGCUGGUGUUGCCUGCACAGUCAGUAGGGCCCUGGGUUUACCAUGCCGUGUGAUUACUAACUUUGCGUCAGCCCACGACUCAGAUAACAGCCUGGAAAUCGAGAAUUAUUAUAAUGUGUCAGGAGAACUUGCAGAAAGAAGUAAUGAUAGCAUCUGGAAUUUCCAUUGUUGGAAUGAAAGCUGGUUUUGGCGAUCAGAUCUUGGACAGAAAUAUGGUGGAUGGCAGAUCUGGGACUCAACUCCCCAGGAGAAGAGUAAUGGUAUUUACCAGCUGGGCCCCACCUCUCAAUAUGCAGUUAAAGAAGGUGACUUAAAUAAAAUGUAUGACACCCGGUUUGUAUUUUCCGAGGUGAAUGCGGAUGUGGUAAAUUAUAUUGUUCAGAGUAAUGGAAGCGUAAGUAAAGGAAAUACUCUGACUUCAUAUGUCGGCAAACUAAUCUGCACGAAGGCCGUGGGCAAGAAAUCUAUAAACAAUGUUACAUCCGAGUACAAGUAUGCAGAAGGUACAGCCAGAGAGAGAGAGAUUUAUAAUAAAGCUCUUGGCAGGACUGGGUUUAUCACCUUGUCAGCUGAAGGAAGAUCAGCUUCAAGAAAACAAACUCAUGUGUCCGGCGGGUUAAUUGUUUCUGGAUCGCCAAUGGUUGGUGACGAUAUCACAGUAAAAUUGACUCUAAGGAAUUUAACUUCUAAGGAUAAAAAUGUCACAGCAAACAUGAGUGCAUUUGCUAUUGUAUACAACAAAGCUGUAAGAAAACCCAUUUUUAAGGAUUCUGUGGCUGUACCUCUCAGACCAAGUGAAGAAAAAGAGAUACCAAUACAGAUUACAUAUCAUGACUAUGACAAUAAAUUGACCACUGACAAAAUGAUUCAAGUAAUAGCUGUGUGUCAAGUUGAAAAUGAGGAGGAUUUGUUCAUCGAAACAAGUUUAACCUUACAGACUCCACCCAUUCAAAUUCAGGCACUUGGUCAGGCCAUUUUGGGGUCACCAACUACUGUGGAAAUUACCUUUACCAACCCUCUAUCCAAACCUCUUACAGACUGUGUCUUGACAGCCGAGGGCAGUGGAUUAAUAGAACAUGUUAUCCUGAAAAAUGUCGGAGCUCUGGAACCUGAGCAGAAGAUGAGCAUCACAGUGGAUAUUAAUCCCUAUGUGACUGGAGAGAAACAGCUCUUGAUCAACCUCACAAGUGACAAGUUCAAUAAUAUUAAGGGAUUUAUCACCAUUGAUGUAGCUGAUGUUUCCUCUUAA